GUCAUGGCGACCGUGGUCCUGAUGGGGGCGCUGUCGGUGAUUAUUCGUGCUGUGGCAUUGGGUGUGCGGGUCAAAGGUCAGCCUGUGUAACGCGUCACCCAACCGGCGUCGGCUGUGUCUUUCACGUAUCGGUUAUUUUAAUUGUUCAACGUUGUUUAAAAACAAUGGCCAAAAAGCGGAGAGAAAAACGAGAGAUCGACGGUUUGUCCAUGGCUCAGGAAGAUUCGAAGCUGAACGCGAGUGAUUCAGAAGUCCAAAAAGAGUUUCAGCAUAGCGCAGGGGGCUCAGCUCGUAUGUCUCUCCUGAUUCUGGUUUCAAUCUUCACCUGCUCUGCCUCAGUCAUGUACCUGGUCUACAGGAACUUCCCAGAGCUUCCAGAUGAUGAAAUGGAAAAGAUCAAGAUUCCUAAAGACAUGGAUGAUGCUAAAGCUUUGGGAACUGUGUUGUACAAAUACAAAGACACCUAUUACACCCAAGUACUGGUGGCCUACUUUGCAACAUAUGUUUUCCUUCAGACAUUUGCAAUUCCUGGUUCUAUCUUUCUCAGCAUCCUGUCUGGAUAUCUUUACCCUUUCCCUUUGGCCCUAUUCUUAGUAUGCUUGUGCUCUGGCCUUGGUGCUUCUUUCUGCUAUAUGUUGUCAUAUCUGGUGGGCAGGCCUGUGGUUUACAAAUAUCUCACAGAGAGAGCCCAGAAAUGGUCCCAGCAGGUUGACAAACAUAGAGGUCAUUUAAUCAAUUACAUAAUCUUCCUGAGGAUAACUCCCUUUCUUCCCAACUGGUUCAUCAACAUCACUUCACCUGUCAUCAAUGUACCUUUAGGGGUUUUCUUCAUUGGUACCUUUCUUGGAGUGGCACCACCGUCCUUUGUAGCCAUCAACGCCGGUACAACACUGUACAAACUGACCACAGCUGGCGAGGCCGUGUCCUGGAACUCUCUGGCUGUGCUCGGUGUGCUCGCUGUGCUCUCAAUCUUGCCUGUCUGCUUUCAGAAAAAGCUGCAACAGAAACUAGAGUGAAGCACUAUAAACACCUCAGCACACCAUGUGCUGGCUGAUCCCCUUCCAUUGGCUCAGGAACAUGCAAAUGUCACUCAAGUAGCUCUGUCUCGAUCACAUAUUCAGCUGCUGGUGGGAGACUCCCUGACCACUAGCUCAGCAUGCUCCUCUGACAGAAUGCAUGCAGUAGUGGGAUUUUCCUGAUCUUAAGUAAAGUAUAAACUGGCCACUGCUUGCACAGGUUUUCUGUUUAUUGGGAAAAAUCUGUUAAAUAACACAAAUGUCAUUUUUGAUUUAUUUAAGCUCCUGCUGCUUGUGUGAUUCUUCACACCUUGAAGGUGCUACUUGUAGGAUGUUGUAGUAAAUGCGCUGUUCAGAUAAUCUUUUAAUAUAUGUCAUGGUAAGACUUAAUUGGUUUAUAAAUAAUAAUUAUGCAGGAGCCAAUUUAGUUCAGGAAUACUGCAUUUUUUCACAAUUGCUCAAAGGCACCAGUGUGUGGUUGUACAUUCUUUAGAGCAGUGCAGUAUCUAACCACUGGAUCAACUUCUAUGAUUAAGCUUACUUCAGAAAUAGCAUGAAUUACUACAUCCUGAUUGUAGCACCUUUUAAUAAUAUUGCAAUUAAUUAGUAUUUAUUUUAACAUGCAUGUGUGUUAUUUUAACCUGAUGAUUUGUACCACCACAGCAAUAACUGUCACUCUACUGUUUUUUUAAAAACACAUUUUGAUACCUGGUGCUUACCUUGGUAUGUGUAUGCAGUGUGACGAAUGAAUGAAACUGCAAUCAGCACGGGUGUAAUGACUGGUCUCAGUAAAUGCCUCUUUUGUUGAUGUGUAGGCGAGUUCCCAUGUUCUUCCUCAGCAGGUGCCUGGAUCCACUGCCACACAAUAGCCUUUUUAUUUUCACCCAGUUAAGUCAAUGUGAGCAGCUCAUGAAAAGAACAGACUAAAUAACCCGACGUUACAUUUUCACAUUUGAACUGCAAAAUACCAAAUCUGAAGCAUUGGCCCAUUUAAAUCGACAGUUGUAAAUGAAAAUUUAAUAUAGAUUAUGUUAAGAUACUUAUUGAUUGGUAAGAUGCAUCUAAACCAGAAAGUGGUCAAAUCAUCCUGGUCUGUAAAACUACUUAGAUAGGCUUUAAAGUUUUGCAUAUAUAGAUAUGUUCACAUUUUUAAAGUGUCCUCAGAUUAUGUGUGUUUGUCUCUGUUGAUGACGUUGUCUAAGCCAGUAUGUGACUGAAGAUUUCGCUGUGGAUGACGCAUUGUUUUCCUUUCUACGACUGCUAACAGACAGGUCUUGUUUUGCUUUUAUUGCUUCCAUUCUUUACUAGGAGAAAUGUAAUGUUCAUUUGCUUAUUCUUAUCAUUUAGUUUUUCUUUAUACAUAUACAAGAUAACAUAUAACUGUCGCUGCUUAAAAAAAUCUUAUGGACAGUCCUCAGAGACUUUGCAGUGAAUGUACGUGCAGGAAAUGGUAUCUAUAAAUGGAUUUUCCUUUAUCUCUUUGUAGAGGCAGUGCUUUUUGAGAUUUGUAUCUAUGUAAAAUUAUAGAUCUUUAAUCUCUCAAAUCACAUAAACCUCAACUGUUCCACUCCAUAAGGAGGUUCACAUACCUUCUAUAAUAGGAAAUGAUCCUGUUAAACUAUUUUUCUUAUGUUCUUAGUGGUUUAUUAGAAAGCUGCACUGACAUACCUUUACAUUGUUGUCUGUCUAAAAUACACCUUCAAUGCGGUGUUAAAUUCUAGUCCUAAAAUGUGACUUAGAUUUUAAUGGAACUUACUUUAAUGUCUGGCAAGUUUUAAUUUAUGUUUUAUGUUUUGCUAAAAUAUUUAAAAUUAAACCUGUCCUAAAAAUUUAUUUGAAUUGGACAUGCUUUGGUUUUGUUCUAUAACCCUUAUCAACAAUGUGAACAUUCUGUCACCAUUUCAAAAACCAGUAUUAUUUUUUGAGUAGUGAUGUCCUGAAAUGUUUAGGAAUUGUGGACUUCAAUGCUAGCUAAUUAAUAUUUUAAUUUAAUAUUUAUUGAGUCAUUAAAUCAAUCUUUACACUGUAUGACACAGUUUUGAGAAUUAUCUGUAAAAAACACUUCAUCACACUGUUGCAAUUAACUAUUAGGGAAGUAAAGUACAGUGUGAAGAUUAAUAAAUUUGGGCUUCACAAUUUUUCUAGGUAUAUGCGAAUUCGGUCCACUUAUACGCUCAAAAUCACUACAUUUAGUUGUGAUUGACUACAUAAGUUUUAAAACACAAAUAAGAGUAGGAGGAUUUAAAUAGUCCAGAAUAAAUUCUCAUUGGCUUCCAAAAAGAACAAAACAUGAAGAGUUUGUCUGUAUAACGCACACGAGUUGUUACAACUGUAAAUUAUACCUUGUUCAUUUAACCAUAUCAUGUUGUAAAAUUCAUCCAUUCGUCAUCUAAACCACUUGUAGAGGGUGUUGGAGGGGCUGGAUUUGGUCACUGCUGACACUGUGCUAGGUAGUACAUCCUGUGUGGGUUCAUUGCUGGUCCAUCACAGGGUCUGUGUAGAGAGUUUAGUGCCACCAGGUGGUGAUAUUGUAGCAAGCCUGCUAAGCAGUGAUCUUUUUGGUUAACAUGACCAUCAUCCAGUUACUGCAGUGUGUGCUGCAGUGAGAAUAUGUAUGACAAGAAAAAAAAUACUGUACAGUAUGUACUGGUGACUGUGUGACAUUAAAUGGAUGAAGCUGUUCAGAGUAAUACCUUUUACUAAAUACAUACAUUACUAAAGACAAAUAAAUAAGCUAUGAAAUCAGGAA